UCUAUUCUGUCAAAAUCACAUCUGGCCAUUAUAUUUGUAGACAAAUCCCCAUGACAAUUGCUAAAAUGGCUGUUUUCAACAAUAAUACAGAGUUCUUUCACCAACCCACUGGGGUACAGUUUGACAUGCAGGGAAUUUAUAGCACAUUUUCAUUAAAGUCAAGGGUAAGAUAAUAGUGGUACAGAAUAUAAAUUCUAUUUUGUUGCGUUUUGUGUGGAAGAAAUAAGAAAACUGAAGAAGCAGGACCCAAAUAUUCACUGUUUGUAUAAGAGCUGGACUAAUUAAAGGUUGCAAUCCUAUAUACACUUUCCUGGGAGGAAGCCCUAUUGAACUCAAUGGUGCAUGCCUCCGAGUAGACAUACUGUACCUUAGAGUGUACUGUAUAAAAUCAUUAUAGUAAAGCCUUUGUGGUUAAGAGUGUUAAACAGAGGUGGAGCAGGUUUUGUUUUGUUUGCUUAUUUAGCGUUCAAAUCCAGGCUUGAACCGCUACUGACUCAAAGUCUGCUGCCAGAUUCUGGGCUGUGCUCAGCCUAACCUACCUUACAGUAUUGUUGCGAGGAUAAAAAAGUGUGUUGCCUCGAGUUCUGUGAUGAAAAGGUGGGGAAAAAUGUAAGAAGCAACUACUAAAUGCAUGUUUUGCCAGUUGUUAAAAAUAUGGAUUAUACUGCUUUAUUUUUAAUAAUAUUUAUUUUAAAAGAUGCACGCUCCACCUUCUGAUCUAAACUGAUCCCACAAAAUGGUUUACCAUUUUAUUUUUUGCUUCUUUUUAUGAUUAUUGUUCUUGAAAGCCACUUUGGAUAUUUUUGAACAAACACGUACAGAACACAAAAGGAGAAGUUUCCCCCUUAAAAAUUGAAAGAAAGAAAACGGGGAUCCUCGAUCUUCGGCUCCGCUCCCCCGAUUUUUGUGGUUGCAGGGAUCCCCCUGGGCCACUCGGCGCCCUCCAGAUGUUGGCCUGACCUCUCGCCACUCGCUCCCGGGGCCGAGGGAAGCGGGAGCCCAACAACCCAGCGGCGCUUCAGGGAAGGCCGGGAACUAAGAUGCUCGGCCUCCGUGUUCCCCGCCGGACACUUCACGCGACGGACGAGGCGAGGACAGGAAGUGGCCGAGGAAACUCGAAAGAGUUGCUGGGGGCCCCGCUCGGUUUCCGGGGCUGCGGAGGCGCAGCCCAGCCCUAGAAGGCCGGCCUCUGCAACGACGCUUCUCCGGGCGCCGCGCCGCCUUCCCUCGGGGCGAGGCCCUGGCCCGGCGGGGUGAGUCCGGCGGGACGGGGCGAAAUUGGUUCCGCAAAGGUUCUGGCGAGCAGGCACCCAGUGCGCAUGCGCGUUGGCUGCCUGACGGAGCCCUUAUCUGGCAGGCGGCGGGGCGGGGCUUAGAAAGAGGGCGGGGGGAGACGGAGCGCCGGGAUUGGGUGGAAAGGCUUUGAAGGACAGCAGAAACCGCGCGGGUUUUCUUAAAAGGGUCAACGCGCGGCUGGGUGUUAAAGGGGCCGAAGUGCACGAAUUUACAGAGCAACGCUAACGCAGAUUUGUGUUCCCGGAGUGGCUUAUUAUUAUUAAGAUCUGUUAGUCACUUAAUUUUGCCCAAGGCAGCCCAAAGCGACUUACAAAGUAGUAGGGAAUAAAAAGUACAGUUAUAAUGAAGAAGAAGAAUAUCAGGCAAACCUACUACAGCCAAAUAAAACGACAAACUGAAACGGCAACAGCCAGUUUAAAGAAGACAAUAAAAUCAAACUGCUCUUGAAUUACGAAAAAGAGGGUUGUGCACUAGAAAUUAUCCAAAGCUAAUGAUGAAUGAGUUAUUGUGGUUAUUUUAUUUUUAAAUUUUCUCUAGUCAACUGAGGGGAGAAGCUGUUGCCCUGAGAGAAACAGCCUUGGCUGCUUUAAUCUGAGGAAGGUUGCCAAGCUUUAAAAACAAAAAAAACCUGACCCCCAUUGUGGCACAUGAAAGGCUAGCAAAGAUAUUGUGUUAGGCUGUAGGGCAGGGAUGUGGCCCUCCAGUUGUUGUUGGACACCAGCUCCCAUCAGCCCCAGCCUGCUUGGUCAGGGAUGGUGGGAGUUGUAGUCUAGGAGCUUCAGGAGGGUCACAGCUUCUCCCUCCUUUCAUUUUAAAGAAUGAACCACUUGCCAUAGAAUUAACCUAUAGAAUUUUCAGGGUCUUGCAGUAACCUGUAGCCCCAAUGGCCAAGGAAGGAUUAGAUGACUACAUGCCAUGGCUUCACAUCUGAAUAGGCCAAAGUGCAAUCCUUGGCUCUGACUAGCAACAUGGAUGGGAUGCUGCUAUUUUGCAAACCUUGCAAGAUCAAAUUUCCCUAACCAAGACCUUUCUAAAUGGACAUUUACUUCUGGCUGGUUUGAAACUUGAGUAAGACUGAGUGUGAUCUUCAAGGGCAGGAUGGUCAUAGGUAGCCAAGCAAGUAAAUAGAUCUCCUUGUUUGGAACAGACCUGAGAGUAUGAUGGCUCACAGCCAGGUGAGGAAAAGGUUUCGGAGCAGGAGCCGAAGCGACUCCCAGAGCAGGCGAGAUGUGGAGGAGAAGGAGAAGGAAAGGAGGAGAAGCAGCAGAGAAUCCCAGGGGAGGAUGAGGAGUUUGUCUCCCGCCAGCAAAAGAGGAUCUGAGCCCCCAAGGGUCCGAAUGGGCUCAGCCUCCAGCAAAGAAGGUAAGGAUGUGGGAGAGGGUGUCAGCUGCUUCUGAAGCAAUAGCCUAAGAAAUGCAGAACUCCGAUCUCUCAGUGGGGUAGCAUUUGCCAGUGUUGGCCAGUAGUGCAGUUUCCUGGGGGAGCUAUUGUCACUUUCUGGUCACUGAGGCUGCUCCCUGCACCCUCCACCAUGGUCCCCUUGUUUGCUUAGGAUGAGACACUUGUGUAGAAUGCAGCCUGCAGAGCAGAAUAUUUCUCCCGUAGUUGUUUUUUUUUUAAUUAUCACUCCUUUUGCUUUCAUAGAACUUCCCACCAGAACCAUCAGGGCUUGAAACUUUGCCUUCUUAAGCUUUGUCCCUCAAGCGAGUGAUGGCUGCACACUGACAGCUGCCUUUUGUAACAUCCAGGUGUGUCUUAAAAUCAGUGCCUCUGAUUAUAUCAUUCGUUGGGCACUGACUUCAGAGCCACAUCUAUGCAGCAGAUUCAAACCAUAUUAAUGGGUUAGAAAUAUGUCCUGGCUGCCCCAACCCCAGGCAAAGAAUCCCAUGAAGACACUAGACUAGUUGCCUCCCCAACCCCAGUUACAAUACCUAGGUUAUUCUUGGAGGUGAAGCCACAGCAAUUAAGCCAAUCAACAAGUUCCAGUUCUGGGUUCUGUCCAGGGCUAGAAAAGAGAAUUCCCUCAGUUUUUUUCUCCCUUUGGGUAACAGUUCUGGUGAUGUAUUGCAACAUGAUAGAUAUUCCCUGGUGACUUCUGAUUGAUGCUGGGUUCCAGUGAAAAAGAAGAAGAAGAAGGAGAAGGAGAAGAAGAAGAAAAGGAGAAGAGGCAGCAGCAGCAGCAGCUCCUCUGAGACCAGCUCCUUAUCUUCAGGAUCGUCCUUCUCUUCCGAUUCCUCUACAGAUGUGUCAGGUGACGAUGAAUCCAACCGCAAAAGGAGGAAGCAGAGCAAGAAGAAGCUAAGCAAAGAGAAAGAUAAAAAGCAAAAGAAGAAGAGGAAGAGGAAAACCAAGAAGAAAGCAAAGAAUAAAUCAAAGGGGAGGGAGAAAGAGGGAGCAACAAAGGGGGAGGCACCCCCUGGCCCUUCCCUGGACCAGUGGCAGAAAGAGACCCUGGGAGACUCCGGGCCAGGUAAGAUCCUCCCCCAGGCAAGGUAGGAUUGGAAAACAAUAACAACACUGUUGGUUAAUGAGUGGCAAAAUGAAUGUUGCAGUUUUGCAAUAGGGACCUUAAUUAGAUCCAUUUUCUGUAAGUUUGUUUAUUACUAGAUGGAUUUUUAAAAAAUCAUUACUAAGCUAUUUGUACUUUUAACUGAUAGUGCAGUGAUUUCUGAACACACUGGAGGAGCCUUUUUUCUGUGGGAUUGAACAACAAAAAUGCUCUCCCUACCAGUGGUAAUACCAGAGCUAUUGGUGAGACCACUGUUUUCUGACUUGGGUCUGCCUCUCAGCCCUGACAGAUGAGCAGAAAUCCCGCAUCCAGGCAAUGAAGCCCAUGACGAAAGAGGAGUGGGACGCUCGGCAGAGUGUGAUAAGGAGAGUCGUUGACCCUGAAACAGGAAGAACAAGGUGUGUUGCGUGGAGGGGGGGGUUGUCACUAGAAGAUUGUCACUAAGUUAAAUUUAUGUAAACCCUCUAGGUUUUCUCUCCUGUAUCUGCAUUAUCCUCUGAAACGACCACAUAGUUCAGUUUCUUUACAGAGCUCUUUGUAUUUUCUGUUCUAAAGUUCCUUCAUUGGCAGUUUCUUUUUGCAAAUGCUGACCCCGAUUAAUAGUAUCGUUUUAAAAGCACCACGCAGAGAGCUUUUACACUUUCUUUUAUUUUCCCCUUGCAACAUCACCAUGUGCUCAGUCACUGUUGGUCCCAUCUUACAAAUGGGGAACUGGACUGUGAUAAGCGAGUGGGCACAACAAGCCAUGUUCUUCAGCUUAUGAACCUUUUCUUCCUAAACUUAAAAGCCCCUAAUGUAGGGAAGGUGCUCCAAACUUGCGGUUAUGUUGUGUCCCCUUUUCUGCACCGUUCACCUUUGGGGUUUGGUCCAAGUGUGGCUGCGCCAUAGACAGGGGGAAGUGCAUCAUGACAUUGGUAGCUAUGGAUUGUAUACAGCCUUAGUCAUACUCAGAGAAGGCCAUUUGAAAUGUGACAGUUAUGUUUCUUCUCUGAGUAGAACUUCGUUGAAUACAGCCCUGCUUUUAAUCCUACCCCUCAUAAGCUCCAGCUUGGAAUUUGCUUUUUCUGCUGCAGCUGAGUUGGCAUUCUUUGUGGCUGGCCCCACUGCAGCAAGGUGAUCCCUACAUUCUCACAUUCUUAACUAUGGGAGGCAGCUUCAUACUGGCCAGACCACUGGUCCUCUUGGCCCAGUAUUGUCUACACUGACUGGCAGAGGCUCUCCAGUGUUUGGGGCACAGGACAUUCCCAUCCCUUCCUGGAGAUGUAGUUGGGGGUUGAGUCAGGGACUUUCUGCAUGCAAAGCAGGGAGCUAUGGCCUCCUCUGUUGAUAGGAAGGGCAUAUAGACAUCUACUGUUUGUGCAAGUUGGCUGGACUACAAUCUGGGUUUCAAUUCCAGACUUAUUAAAGGUGAUGGCGAGGUCCUUGAGGAGAUCGUUACUAAGGAGAGGCAUAAGGAAAUUAACAAGGUAUGUGGCUGUUUAUUAUUGCAGAAUCUAACGGAUGUAAUCUGGCAACUGUAGACUGGAGUAUUUAGAGGACAAGGCUGGGCUUUGUAGGCUGGGUUUUGUUUAUAACUGUUCAGUGGCUUAUUAAUUCCCCUAAAGUGGUUCCACUGACUUCAGUGUCAUAGAAUCAUAGAACUGUAGAUUUGGAAGGGAUCCUGAGGGUUAUCUAGCCCAACCCCCUGCAAUGCAAGAAUCUCAACAUGCAGUCCCCCAUCCAAUUUGAAACUAUACCAGACCCUGCUUAGCUUUGGAAGUAUGCUAGCAGUUUUAUUGCUAAAAGAGAGAAUAAGCUGACUUUUGGGUUGCUCAGACUUUCCCAUGUAGGUCCACUUUGCCUUUGUUUCCAUCAGUUUGUAGAUCAAUACUUUUUCAUAUCCUAGAUGAGAACUUCCUUCCUUCCUUCCUUAGAAGCCUGCAGAGUGUGGGGACAUUGAUGCUGUUCCCCUUAAAAGAAUAGAACUUCAGAAAUUGCACCAAAGACUGAUACGAUUUGCAGACCUUUAAUGCAUCUACCUUUGUUCACAGCAAGCCACGCGGGGAGAUGGCCUUUCCUUCCAAGCGAGGACGGGGAUGCUGCAGUGAUAACUGGAAGGUUUUCAGAGAUGGUUUUAUUCCCAGCUUCAGAAGCUUUGCUGAAACCAGGCACUGCACUCCCCACACCCAACACCCGUCCCCAUGGAAUUUGCAUGCCAGUGCCAUCAGGACUGAGAACUGCUGGGGCAGGAAGAUGCCCAGAUUCAUCAGCUCUUAGUACAAAUCCUUCUGUUUUGCAGUUCUCCCCUGUGAGGCUUUCCAACUGCUGCCUCCAGCUUGUUUCCUCAUCAAGGCACCUCCCUUAGCAGUGAAAAACAGUGAAAAUAAUUAUCCCAAAGCAAAAGGGAAGUGAGCAAAAACAGAAGACCCAGGUCACUGGAAAGGAAGCGACGGAAGUCUGACAACAAAUGCUGUGGAGAUCUUUUACCGCUCUGCCUGCCUCCAAGGCAGAUGGACCAAGUGCAAAGUGGGCUGGAGGCUUCUGGCUUUGAUCCUGCUUGCCUCUAUCCUGUGUGGGAGGGGACUUUUUUCUAAAGCUCAGCCCAGCUACUUCCCAGCUGGCUUCAUGGUGUCUAGGCUCUGAAACCUCAACAUCAGCUAGGGUGCAUCUCUAAAUCCGCUGUCCUAAGAAGGCGGUAGGAGGAGCACCAGCAGCUGCCACCUACCUCCUCCUGCUCAAGGCCGAGGGAGUUUCAUGCUCUUGGGUUCUGCUGGGAAGAGUUAGAGCAGGGUAAGGGCGUGCAGUUCUCACACAGGUCCACUCUUGCUGUGCCCCACCUCUAGCAUCUCUGGCUGAGCAGCAUCUGCUCAGGUGUGGGGCUUGGCAAGGUGGCUGGUCAGCCAUGUUCUGCUGCUACCUCACCUUUUCUUGUGCUCUAGCCUGACACAACGCAGCCUCUGCUUAAGGGCAGAAGGGCACCUUAGUGGUGAGAUCUGGAUCGCACUUCAGGCUGUUCUGGUUUCCAUCUUCACACUUACACCUACCUAAUACAGGAACAGGAAUGCAUUGAGGCUUCCUUAACAGGUCCACAUGGUAACCCUUUUCUGCUGCAGCGUUAGCUAGAUAGGCUGCAUUAAGCUCUGGAUUCUGAAAAGUGCUGACACCCGCUGUGUUCACGGGAAAUUCAAAGCCUUGACCCUUUAAGGGUGCCACACAAUUUGCUUCCUUGCUAGAGGGCCCUUGUGUGUCCUUGUGCCAACAGCUAUGCAAUUGGCAAGCAUGUCAUCCUUUCAGGAGCGACUCUGUCCAUGCUGCUUUGCUUUGUUUCCAGGCUCCAUUUGGGCAGAUUAUAUAUCUGGUGUAUCUCUGUAUGCCAGGGGUAGCCAAAUGCUUUUGGCCCGAGUGCCAAACAUUGCCAAUCCUCUGAGGGUUGCAUGCCUGUGACACACUACACACACAAUCACACAGGUACACAAAACAUCUCCAUCACUAUGAUGGUUAUUUCCUUAAUGAAGCACUGGGCUAGGUGGAGAGGUUUAAAUCUCUGUUCUCAGGGCAACACUGUGGUAGGAUUGUUGCAGAGGUUUAAACUGCAUGUUACUGGCACAAGCAAUUGAUUAAGGGGGGGCACGAGAGAGGCUACAAUGCCAAAAAUGUCCAGGGGGGGAGCAGGAGGAGAAGCCUGCUGAUUCUGCCAGCGACCCUUAGAGCAACAGUGUUGUUGCUGGCAUGGUAGACCUCACACCCACCUCUUUCCUUAGAUGUAUGGUAAGGGAACUGAUAAGCAGGUCUCCUGAGGCAACACGGUGUAGGAGCUGGAUGUGGUUGUUUGCUCACCAACUUUUGGUAAUCAAACAAACGUCAGUCAGGCAUGUUUGUGUGAAAUUCAUUUUAAUUAUAUCCUGUUAAUUAUUUACCCAGUGCUGAACAGUAAUUCACACUUUGGCCUUAUUCCUCCAAAGAAGAGCCAAGCCAAUGAAUUGUUGCUUUAACUCUUUUUCAUCAAAACUAACAGAAUGAUUAAAAAAAAUGCUUCACUUUACCUGGAUUGUGCCCUUUAAGGGUGUGGCCUUUGUUUUGCAAAAUCACAGCACUCCUAUUUAACCGGUAGCAUCCAGGUUUGUCCAGGUAAUAAAUGUCAUGUCAUCAACUUGCACAGGCUUGCUGAUGCAGGUAAUACCAGGCCUGUUCAUUAUAACAGCCUUCCCCAUCUUGUCUGUUUUAGGGUAUCAUCUGUUUAUUAUGGUUUUGUGCUGUUCUGGGAACAGGGUUGUUCCACUGAACCAAGAAGAACUUCCGACUCAGCCACGUGUAACCAAAGUCAUGCACAUAAGACCGAAUAAAGCUUUCCUGCUUUGCUUCAGCGAUUCAGAGUGGGGUAUAAAUGCAUCCAUAUUGCACAUACUGCAUAACAGCUCCGUAAAAUAGGUAGUGCUGAGAAGUUGGGACUCGCCCAACCCAGCUUCUGAACCUCCAGGCUGAAAGGGGGAUUUGAAACUGAGAUGCUUCCUCUGGCUUCCUCUUCCUCCUCCCUGA